UUGAUCGACUCGUAUUGCAACUCGGUUUUGGAGUCGUGGAUACUUAUUUCGUCUUGCGAUUACAAUUUUCUGCUUGUAAACGUUCCUAAAUCUUGGGGGUAAUAAAGGAGAAGACUUGGAGGACCGUCUUGGAGAAGCUUCUUGAGUUGCCUCGGUUGAGAUCAACGGAAAGACAAAACUAGAAAUGGUAGUCAUGGCAACAGCCUCCCAGCGUGAGUUUUUCUAUUCUGCUGGGCUUCUGGCUCUGGUCUUUGCUUGUUACUCUAACGCCCUCUCCUGUGGAUUCGCCUUUGACGACCGACGAGGGAUCGUGAAGAACGAGGACCUCCGACCAAAUUCAUCCAUCUUCAAUUUGUUUUUUAAUGAUUUCUGGGGCACGCCAAUGCACGAGGCUGAAAGUCACAAGUCAUACCGUCCACUGUGCGUUUUUACUUUCCGUCUCAACUACGCUCUUGGAGAAUUAAAUCCGUGGGGUUAUCACCUUCUCAACGUGGUGCUGCACUGGGCGGUGUGCGUCCUCUUCUUGAAAGCGGCUAAAAAGAUCAUUGAUGAAGAGAGCAGUGUCAACGCAUCACUUCUCUUUGCUGUACAUGCAGUUCACACUGAAGCGGUUACUGGAGUGGUCGGAAGAGCUGAACUACUGUCCUCUAUCUUCAUGCUACUAUCGUUCAUGGCUUACGUCAAAGCAGCCGAGGCCAAUAGCACCACGGACUGGAAGUACAUGAGCUGGUCGGCAUUGCUCAUCGUCAUGGCAACCGCUUCUAAAGAACAGGGCAUUACUGUGGCUGGCAUAUGCUGCAUCUAUGAAAUAUUUUAUGUACAGAAGAUACGGCUACAUACUGCGGUGAAGAAGGCAACGGAAAACCACUUCACUAUUAUUCCAAGAACAAUCAUGAUGAACCACAACUCUAAAGCAAAAGACAAAGGCGUGAAGGGGGCUCGUCAACCUCAAGGGACAAGCACCUCGCCCGAUCAAACUUCAAAUGGUAAGUUCUCGCUUAAUCUUUCUUUUAUUCGUAACUUUUUAUAUUUGUAUGUCCAGUUCUCACAUAAGGCAUUUAUGCAGCAUCCCACAUCGAGAGGUUCAAAGACAUCACGGAGCUCAUCACCAAACUCUCAGGCUUUGUGGAGGGCUGCUCCUAGGUUGGGAUUCCUGAUAGCAUCGUCGGGGCUGUUACUAUGGGGACGGAUGAUCAUCAUGGGGGCAAAGUUGCCCUCCUUUGACAGAUUUGAUAACCCAGCUGCCCUGUCGCCCUUCCAAACUCGUCGCCUGACCCACUUAUACCUUCUGCCAGUCAACGCUUGGCUCCUCCUCUGUCCCUCAACAUUGCUCUGUGAUUGGACGAUGGGAACCAUCCCACUGGUGACCUCUCUCAGUGACCCUCGUAACCUGGCAACCCUUUUACUGGUGACCUGCCUCUUUCUACUGGUGCUGUAUGCAGUAUUUGCAGAAGAGAAAAUUUCAUGCCAACUUAUAAUGGCUUUGUCAUUUCUUGUCCUGCCAUUCUUGCCAGCUAGUAACUUGUUUUUCCCAGUUGGGUUCGUUGUUGCCGAGAGGGUGCUCUACACUCCUAGUAUGGGAUACUGUUUGCUUGUUGCCAUAGCGAUGGAGAGGUUACAAGCAAAUAGAAGGCCCAUGAAGUAUGUCGUUGGUGUCAUCUUUGCCAUCAUCCUUCUCUUGCAUGCUGGGAAAACUAUCCAAAGGAAUCCUGAUUGGGAGAGUGAAUAUUCUCUCUUCAGCUCGGCCCUGAAGGUUACCCAGAACAACGCUAAGCUGUGGAACAACGUAGGUCACGCUUUGGAAGCAGAAGACCGCUGGGAAGAUGCAUUCAUAUAUUACAAUAAUGCCGCAACGGUCCAACCAGAUGACAUAGGGUCAUGGAUCAACAUCGGGAGAGUGAACCGUCUACUCGGUAAGCCGGACGAGGCAGAGGCAGGGUACAGGAGGGCAGUUAAAUUGAUGCCACAGCCCAGGACAGGAAAGAAGAUUACUCCAAAAUAUCUCAGUGUGUACCUCAAUCUGGCGGCCAUUAUACAGCAGAAUAAGAGCAGGUUCAUUGAUGCAGAAGAGCUUUACCGGAUGGUCAUCCGGUCGCAGCCAAAUUUCGCAGCUUACGUCCAUCUGGCACAGAUCAUGGUGAAAAAAGACCAGUUCGACGAGGCGGAAUCUCUCUAUCAAAAAGCAACCCAACUAGAACCGCCCACUCCAGAUUUGCUCUACAAUCUAGCUAUAAUAGCCAUUCAAAAGGAGCAAGAAACCAAAGCGCACAGACAUUUUGAUGAAGCCUUGGAGAUAGAUCCCCAGCACAGAAUUUCGCUGUUCAGAUCGGCUCUUUACAUCCAUGAGUCUGGCAAUGCUGCUAGAAGGACUAUUGCUAUCAAGAGAUUAAAGAAGUUGCUGGAGAUAGAUCCUCCAAGUGUCCAACUCUAUUCUACUCUAGCCUUGAUUUUUAUGGAUGACGAGGACACGUCAGCAGCUCUUCACUAUUAUCAGAAAGCGCUUGAGAUCCGACCCUCUGAUUAUCAAGCCCUGUUCAACACGGCUAAGAUUCAUUUUGAAGAAGAGCGCCCUCUCCGAGCCAAAGCGUAUCUAGAAACUCUCCUCAAGACAAGAAAUUUUAGUGAUGUUGAUUUUUUUUUUUUUUUUUGGCAGCAUCACCCUAACCACACAGAAAUUGUAAGAAGCAUGCUCCUACUAGGAGAAAUCCUGCUAAAUUCACUUCAAGAUGAAGUCCAAUCUCAGCAACUUUUUCAGCGGAUAGUGGACCUGGACUCGUCAAACGUGCAGGCCCAGCACAACCUCUGUGUUAUACAGGUCAGGAGAGAUCUGCUUGGAAAGGCCGAGCAAUGUCUUUUAGACAUCCUAGAGAGGGCGCCUCAUGCAGAAGACACCCAAGCCACCCUGAACAGCGUAAGACAGAAAAUGAAAGAAAGGUCGUCUGUGCAACGGGUGAUGGAAUCGGACAAGGAUUCUGAUGUAAACUAA